AUGAGUUUGGAUUCUUCUCAAAAGUGCGAUGAAGAAACUGGUUUAAAAUCAAUGAGUCUUGAACCUUUAGAGCUUGAUGACACAUACUAGACCCCUGUUGAUAUUAGAUGGGGAAAUUUUUACCCAUUAUUUUAGAAAAACAACAUUCCAAAAAUUGUCAUUGGCCCUCAUUGUAAUAAUUAAAAAAUAUCAUUUUAUAGGGCCAUUCUUUAUUUGCGCAUAUUUUUUAUUUUUUAUAGCUAGUGUAUUUUUAAUUGGGUGGCAUUUUACUAGCACAUCAUCUUAAUUUAUAAAAUGGGCUACAUUUAUAGUUUGCGUUAAUUAAUGUUGGAGUUAUGCUUGGGUAGCUUUAAUUAACUCAGGAGUUAUUAAUUAUGAUAAAAAUAAUUCUAUUGAAAAUGACCAAAAACAUCACCAUAAUUAGAUAUUUAGAAUGAUAGCAAGACUUGGUUUUGUAGUGCAUGUAAACUCUUAUAAUUUUAUGGCACUGUGCAUUGUAGUGAUUGCGAUGUAUGCAUUUAGGAAAUGGAUCAUUAUUGCCCAUGGACAGGGAAAUGUAUUGGAAAAGGAAACAUAAAAUAAUUUUACUAUUUUCUGGCUAGUACUGUAAUAUUUAUGAUUUUUAAUAUAAUUGCUUCAUUAACAUAGUUAGAUGGAGCACUAAAUGGAACUAGUAGGAAAAUAAAAUAAGGUAGUUGAG